CGGAAGCAGCCAGUGCUGACAGAAGCGUGGCGGGCAAAGAUGAUUCAGGCGAUUCUGGUUUUCAACAACCACGGGAAGCCGCGGCUAGUGCGCUUCUACCAGCGUUUCCCAGAAGAAAUUCAACAGCAGAUUGUUCGAGAGACCUUCCAUCUAGUUCUCAAGCGGGAUGACAACAUCUGUAACUUCUUGGAGGGUGGAAGUUUGAUUGGUGGCUCUGAAUACAAACUGAUCUACCGGCACUAUGCUACCCUCUACUUUGUAUUUUGUGUGGACUCAUCAGAGAGUGAACUGGGAAUCUUGGACCUCAUCCAGGUUUUUGUGGAGACCCUGGAUAAGUGUUUUGAAAAUGUUUGUGAAUUGGAUUUGAUCUUCCAUAUGGAUAAGGUGCACUACAUCCUUCAGGAGGUGGUGAUGGGUGGAAUGGUGUUGGAAACAAACAUGAAUGAAAUCGUGGCUCAGAUUGAAGCUCAGAACAGGCUGGAGAAAUCCGAGGGUGGCCUUUCAGCAGCCCCUGCCCGGGCUGUGUCUGCUGUGAAAAACAUCAACCUGCCGGAGAUUCCUCGGAACAUCAACAUUGGCGAUCUCAACAUCAAAGUCCCCAACCUGUCCCAGUUUGUCUGAGGGUUGAAGACUGGGCUGAACUGGAGUCCUUGAAACAAGCAAAGCCAAGCCAGUCCUGCAACAGAUCCCACUCCAAGCCUUAGAAAUCAAGCCUUGGGCCCUGACCCUUGCUGUCUUGGCAUGGGGGCGGGAAUCCUGUGUCCAUUCCUAGCAUGUGCUCGGUUCUCACAUGUGCAGCCUUGCCGGUCUCUGAUACACGUGGCCACUGCCGAUGUGAGGGGUCUCUGGCUUCCUCAGUGGGGGGUCAGCAUGCCCAAGCCACUCACACCCUUUACCUCCUGCCUGCAGCUGCUCCCAGGGAUUGAGGUCUGUCUUGAGAGGCCCACCUGCUUCCCAGAACCCCACCACUAGGACAUUCUCUGACUGGGGCCUUCAUCCUUAGCACCACAAGGCUUUUGAGGUCCUGUAGCAUUUAGUUUUGCUGGCAAGGUGCCAUAGCUAGAAAAGGGCUGACCCUUCAGAUUUUGGGAUGUGGUAAGUGGCAAACCUGGCAGGAUUUUAUGAGAACCAGAGUUGCCUACUGACUCGACUAGGGUUGUCAUACCCAGCAUCCUUUUGUAUUAGCCAAGCUUUCUGAUUCCCACCUUCUACAGAAUACAUUUGCCCCAAUGCCAUGGUCCUACCUCUGCUCUCACAGGUUUUAUGUGCAGGACACAAUCCAAAUCAUAAACCUGGGGCAUGCCCACCACACUUCUGCUAAUAGGGAGAGCACCCCCACACGGCCAUCCCUCCAGGGUCUUCCCUCACAGGGGAGAGGCCCAGUGUCUGUAGAAGGUGAAGCUGACAACAUGUGGAACACCUCAGAAUUGUGACUCUUUCCAGGUUUGAAAUACAUUCUCCUCACGAGGA